AUGAGCUCGCCGAUAGGAAGUCCGAACGAGGACCUUGGUUUGGCAGGCUCUGAGCCGGAAGCGAGAGCUGUUGACAAACUGCAAGAUCCGCCAAAGCUUCCUUUUUUAUCUGCUUCGAUGCCUAAUGGAGAGAAAGUACCUCCAGAACUCCGUCAAAUCCUUCAAUACUGCUAUAUUCUCGAUCAGAAAAAACGACAAGCCGCAACAAAAGCUGAAGAAACUACGAUUAAAAUCAGAAUACCUCCGCGACCACAAAAAAAGCCAAAAAUUACUUACUACGAAGAGGAUGACGAGGGGCCUGUUGAAGCCAUUCGUCUUCCUAUCUCAAACAAACUAAGAAUUGACAUAAAUAAAAAUCGAUCAAAGUUUCGCUCGCCGUUGAAGAUUCUAACACCCAAGAGAGUAUUUACUCCCGACUGGGAAUCGGCCGAAAUCAGUAAAAGUAAAAACGAGUGUUUCAGCCACGAUGAUGAUUCCGAUACAGAACCAGAUGGAUAUUACAAGAACUUAGAUGAUACAGAGCUACACAAGAGACUUGAAAUAUUCGAGAACCGCAUCAUCUACGGGUCCUACAAGCGAGUUUUGCACCCGGCCGAGGCAAUCAACCUUCUCCAGAAGGACAUGAACCUUGUCAUGACCAAGGAGGAGUCAGAAAAAGCAGAAAGAUACAAUCAGCUUGAUGAAGUUCAGAUAAUCCCUUCAUUUUGGGAGCCAAGACCUUACGACAAGCCAGAAAACAUGUUGUCUAGCGAACAAUCAAUCGAACUGACUACGAAAAUCAUACAAUCCACCAUUAGACCAGAGCGACCAAAAACCCCAUACAAAUCUGAAAAGAAAAGUAAGAUAAAGAGGUCUGUUUCUGUAUCUAUUACGGCUUCUAAGAAGAUGCGACCGAGAAAAAUCGAAACAGAUCCGAAUGUUCUGACCCUUCCAUACGGAACGUUCGAAACAGACGACGAAGACGCAUUAAGUGAAUGGGAAGACUUCAUAUAA